AUGACGCAGUGGUUCAUUGCAGCUGAGCGACCAGCUCACCUAACGUGUAUAAUGCCUCUCGAAGGUUGCAGUGAUGCCUAUCGAGAAACCCUGUGUCGAGGUGGUGUUCCAUCGCAUGGAUUCUUUGGUUUCAUCUCUCCUUUUCUUUAUGGAAGCCAACAGCGUGAAGACGUCAUCGCUAUGUUGCAAAAAUAUCCUGUCAUGAAUGAGUACUGGCAGGACAAGCGUGCAGACAUAAGUUCCAUUCGAUGCCCUGCUUAUGUUCUAGCCAGCAUUUCGACUGGCCUACACACAGUUGGGUCUCUCCGAGGGUUUGAGGAUAUUCCGCACGACAAGAAAUGCUUUAGGCUACGAUUACAUUCUACACAGGAGUGGCAUGAUCUGUAUCAGAAACACUCGGUCGCCGACUUCAAAAAGUUCCUUGACUUCUAUUUGAAGGGAGAAAACAACGGAUGGGAGCAGACUGCCCGAGCGCGUAUUUCUGCAAACAUCGACAACUUGCUGUUCGCUGCUUGGCCAGUUCCUGAGAUCAACAACAUUACCCUGCGUCUCUCCGUAGACGGCACUCUACAAUCAUCGUUUGACCUUGUAAAAAGCGGUCAAUCUUCCUAUAUAUCCGACGCUAAGGCAGAAAACGAUGAUGCUGAUCCCGAGGAAUUAAGCUUCACAUAUACCUUUACCCAACGAACAAGGCUUAUUGGAAAUUCGAAGGCAGUGCUUUAUAUGUCCUGUCCAGAUCACAGCGAUCUUGAUGUGUUUCUGAUACUUCGCAAAGUCGAUAAGGAUGGCCGCGUCCUUCGCCAUAUCAACAUACCAUUCGCCGAGCUUAAGGCCGUAGGUGGUGAUGGUAUUGAGGGUGUCGAGGACCCUCUUAAUCUUCCUCGUCUUAACGCUGUGCAGUACGUAGGGCCAUCGGGUAUCUUGCGUGCUAGCCACCGGGAGAUCGACGCCAGCAUAUCGAAGCAUAACUUUCCGCAUCACAAGCACACGAAUGAAGAGAAGAUACAGCCUGGUCAGCACAGUCCGCAACAAUCAAUUAAGUGGGUCCUAGAAGGUUCAGAUUGGAUUGAUUGA